AUGCACUCUCCCGAGGAAGGGAAAACAAAUGACAAGUAUAAAAUCGUGCGAGAAUUCGCGAAGUUAGUCCGGAAUCAUUACACAACCACAUCAAAGAGUCAGAACCCUCAGCAGUUUCGUAAAGCAAUGAAAAACAUUGCGUCCUAUCUCUGCGACGGUUCCCAACAUGAUUCCCACGAGUUAUUGAAUUUUGUGCUCCAAGGGAUUGAAGAGGAGCUUAACAAGCCGCAAGAGGGAAUAAAGUCUGUGGAGAGCAACUACAUUCCUCAAUUGCCCGAAAGCGACGAGACGGAUUCCCUAAUCUACGACAAAUCGGUAGAAUGGUGGGACCACUACAAGGCCUGCAACAGCAACUACCUCACGGACGUGCUCUACGGCGAGAUCUGUAACCGCAUCCAGUGUACCAAGUGCAAAAAAGUACUCAUUUCGCUCUCCACUGAUCCGCAGUGCAUCUACAACUACUCCGCCUUCAACACUCUCUACGUCCCCGUCCAGAAGAACUCCGUGACGCUCAAACUCACGCUGGUUCUGCAGCUCUAUUCGCAGAAAGAAGACGUGGUGAACCUUCUCUACUUCACUCUCCCGCUCUCUGUGAAGUCCAGCGACCCCAUUAAGGUUCUGGACAUGCGGCUGCGAGACCAGCUCUGCAAGCAGAGCGACUCCUUCCAUGAAUCCUCCAUCGAUUUUUCGGAAUUCCUAAAAUGUAGCCGAAUUGUGUACUUGUUACGAAAGCAGGUGAAAGGGAAUAUUGAAGUAUGGGUCCGGUUUGAAUCAUGA